ACUUAUUUUCCCUUCUUCAUCGAUGGUAUCACACGAACUUCGUCCGGAGCGAUGAGCCUCGCGUCGCAAAUUUAAACAAUCGGUUCGGUAAUACAAUCGCAAGAAGAGCGAUGAGCGAGUCGGUCGAAAAUGCUGUAUCGAGCGCGGGCCACGUGGCGAAGCGUCUCACGCCGGAGGAGAUGGAUAGAAUGCGGGCGCAGGAUUCUCGCUUGGUGUCCGAGUUUCGCGCGAGUCAGCUCGAGAGGGACGCGAAAAAGCACUGGGAUUUAUUCUACAAGCGGAACGACACCAGAUUCUUCAAAGAUAGGCACUGGACCACGCGGGAAUUCGACGAGCUCACGGGUCUGGGCGGCAACGGGAAUCAAAAUGUCCUCCUCGAGGUGGGCUGCGGGGUCGGCAAUUUCAUUUAUCCGUUGAUGGAGGACGGAUUGAAAUUUCGGAAAGUAUUUGCGUGCGAUUUGUCCACACGGGCGAUCGAGUUGCUCAAGAGUCACACGUUGUACCACCCGGAAACAAUGAGGGCUUUUCAAACGGACGUUACGUUAGAGAAUUGCUUCGCCGAAAUCGAAUGUCCGGUUAACGUUGCAACGCUGAUCUUCGCGUUAUCGGCUAUUCAUCCGGAUAAAUUUGUCAAAGUUGCCCGAAAUAUAUACAACGUUCUUGGCAGCGGGGGAGUCUUGCUUUUUAGAGAUUACGGAUUGUACGAUAUGGCACAAUUACGUUUUAAGCCUGGGCACAAGAUUAGCGAGAAUCUCUACAUGCGGCAAGACGGGACCAGGAGUUACUAUUUCUCCGUAGAACAAGUAGCAUGUCUAUUUGAAUCUGUUGGUUUCGAGACACUGGAUUGUGGCUACGUCCAGAGACGUACAGUAAACUUAAAAGAGAACAUUGAUGUUCCGAGAGUCUUUGUUCAGGCAAAAUUCAAAAAAUGUUGAAUAUGCAAUGAUAAAGUGGUACUGUAGUUCAGUAACACUUCUGGCAAACUGUAUGGGGAAUUCAUAAAUAUGAUCUAGCGUCGCACAGAGGAAACACAUAAUGGGGCGGUCAUCAUCCAAGAUAUCUCGGACGAUAAGUCGAGAAAAGGGAUAUUUUUGACUACACGAAGAAAUCAGGAUGAUGCAUAGCUCCGUGUAAGGACGAUUGACUAAUCAGAUCUCUGAUUUAGUUCCGAUGUAUGUUUUACGAAAGAUUAAUUGGAGCAUUAAAAGGAGUUUGAUUGAAAAAGUGAGGUUCUCACAGCCACUUUGGGAACAAUAAAUCGAUACACACUGCAGAAGACAUUAUGAUUCUAAAUAUGAAUAAUGAUAGCAUAACUGCAAAACUGUAAAUGGUCUAUUGGUGUGCAAUAUGAUGGAGAUUGUGGAUAUACCAAACCCAAAUCAUUAAUAUAUUGUGCUCUUGUUUUCAUUUUAUAAAUAAAAUUUUUAUUGUGUA